UUUUGUGUCAGCCCUAGCCCUAAACCUUGCGUGGAGACGCGGGUUUUAAUCGCGGCUGUGGGACGAGGAGAUGAGCAUGAGCUUCUUCUUGCGCCAGGCGUUGCGCUCCCAUCGCGUUCUUUACCCGCGACGCCCUUUCCACUACUCCCCGCGCAACCAGAGCAUUUUCCAGGAAAUCUCGAAGAAGCUCAAGGGCGAGAUUGACAGCAAUCCCGAGUUGCAAAAAUCGAUCAAGGAGUUCAAGGAGAAGGCAGACGAUUUCAAGAGCAGAACUAAGGAGACCGCCGAGCAUUUGUACAAGCACGUUGAUGCUGCUCGGGAAGAGGCGGAGACGAGAGCAAAGCAAGUGUCGAGCGUGAUCAAGGAAAAGAUAUCCGAGGCAUCAGAACAAGUCAGGGGCAGUGUGAUUCCUAGAGCUGACAAAUCACAAGAAGGUGCACGAGACGAGAAAACAGAAGAAGCUUUCAAGGCUGGGAUCGCUGAAGAUGCUGCCAAGGCGGAAGAAGCUCCCAAUGCGCAAGAUUCUUCGAAGGCUCCCAAUGCACAAGAGGCUUCGAAGGCUCCCAAUGCACAAGAGGCUUCGAAGGUUCCCAAUGCAGAAGAGGCUUCGAAGCCUCGAGAAUCUCCCGACGCGCAAGAGGUUCCCAAGGAGGACAAGGAACACGGAGGCACUGAUUCUUCACAGCAAAAGGCUCAGCAGUCGGCUCCCGGUGGGGGAGCUUUCGCUGGGAAAGUUAAGUCGGUUCUGGACUCUAUGCGAAUAGGAAGUGUAGCGUCAGUGGCGAAGGACGGCUACAACUUGAUUGUGGAGGAGCUUACGUCGACUCGGAAAGUGAAGAAAAGCAAGCCAGGAUUCUCCAGAAGCAGCGCAACGGAUAUCGUUCCUGUUGCAAAGAAGACCACUGGCUGGCGGAAACAUUUGGACGACUUGAAAGAGAAGGCCACUUCUCAUCCAUUGUACAGGCGCUUUAAAAAUGUCAAAGAUCAUCCAGUAGUUCAAAAAACCAACGAGAUAGCGGACGAAAUGAGGGAUAGGUGGGAAACGAGCGAUAGUCCUGUCGUGCAUAAGAUUCAAGACCUAAACGAAUCGUUUUUUGGCGAGACGGCAACUGCAGCGGCUUUCAAAGAGAUUCGCAGCAGGGACCCGACCUUUUCUUUUCCUGACUUUGUCCUGGAAGUCCAAGAAGAUAUCAGACCGAUACUGACUGCGUAUCUCAAGGGAGAUUAUGAUACGCUGAGAAAGAAAGUUUGCAAGGAGGUCGUAGAGCGAUGUCGCGCAGAACACAGAGCACUUCAAAGCCAAGGACUAUAUGUCGAUACCAAGAUUCUUUACAUAUCGGAGCUGGAAGUCAGGGAAUCGAAACUAAUCGGAAACGAGCCAGUUAUCAUUAUCUCUUUCCAAACGCAGCAAAACUACUGUGUGCGCGAUGAGUUCGGUCACAUACGAGAAGGAUCAAAGGACGAUAUCCGGACGAUCCUCUACGCUUGGGCGAUGCAGCAAGUUUCUCUAGACGAAAUGGAUCCGGACGAAUUCACUCCGCGAUGGCGACUGCGUGAGAUGCAACAAACUGGAUUUCCAGCGAUCAUUUGAUCCGAGCUCUCGUUCUUAUAUUUUUUGUUCGUUCUCUAGCGCUAGCAAGAGCUUCUUCUCCGGUGGAACACGGCCUUAAAGAGCUUAUAAUUUUUUACUUGAAUAAAACCCCGUUAAGCAUUUUAAAA